AUACAAAAAAUAUCGAUAACUAUUUUGAUAAUCAACAAGCCCAAAUAAAAAAAGGUAGAUCCGUAUCUUUUAGGACUCCGGAAAACAAGAAACCCCCCAGCUGAUCCCGAAGGCCAUGCCGGAUGACACGCAGGAUGCCAAGGCACAGAAGUUGGCCGCCGCAAGGAAAAAGCUGAAGGAGUACCAGCUGCGCAACAACAACAACAGUCACCCGGCGUCUGAGGAGCCGCUGCCCUCGUACUCGUCCACUGUCAGCAUAGCUAGCAACUUGUCGGAACGGUCCGACUGUGAGACGAGUCUCAAUGGCGCUGCUGGAGCCGGAACCGGCAGUUUGCCGGCACAGGAGCAGACAGCUGUGCCCACAGCCGCUUCCUUUUUCCCACACAACCAGGAACCAGACUUGCCACUGGCAGCGCAGAACGGCGGAAGUGCUGACGCGUCCAAUCUGCAGGCCUUCCAGGUGAUUAUUGCCGAGAAGGCGCAGCUGAAUGCCGAACUGACCCGGGCACGCCUUACAUGCCGUGAACGCGAGCUGGAACUCGAGGAGCUGCGCACCCUAAAGGACCAGACCCAGCAACGGCUGGACCAACUGCAACUGUACCAUCAAGAGCAGCAGUCACAGAGCGAACAGCAACGUCAGCAGACCACCCAGCUCCAGAGCCAAUUGCAGCAGUCACAAGCACAAAUCGCGGACCAGAAUUCGCAUCUUAUAGAGCUGGAGGCCCAGCUUAAGCAGGUCAAUCUCCGGCAGGAGGAACUGCAGCAACAGCUGGCCAGCAAAACAAAUGAACUGGAGAUGGCGCAGCUGAAGUUGCGCCAACUGUCCGACGAGUCCAACAUCAGUGCCGACAAUCGCGUGGAAUCGUUGGUGCAGACCCAGUACAUGUACGAGCAGCAGAUACGCGAUCUCCAGGCCAUGGUGGGUCAACUGGCGCAGGACAAGGAACAAGCUGCCGGGCAGUACCAGAAUUAUGUGCAGCACCAGAGCGGGGAGAUCGCCAAGCUCAACGAGAGGAAUGCGGAGCUUUCCGAAGAGCUGAACUCACUUCGGGAGAGGGAGAGGCAACUGGUGGAGCACGUGAGCAGUCUGGAGAAGGACAUUCAGAAGAACCUAAGUAUGCAGGCUCAAUUCAAAGAAGCCCAUCAGGAGCUCCCCAAAAAGGAGGAGAAUGGAGUGGAACAGGAAAAGAUUGCUUUGGAGGAGCAACUUGCCGCCUUAAAGGAACGCCUCUCCGAUUUUGACUUUGAACGCCACGAGUUUCAACUGAAGAUCAAGUCGCAGGACGACCAGCUGCAGUUGAAGGAGGCGACGGUAGCCGAGUUGGAGCAGGAACUGGAACGCCUGCAGGCGGUACAACCGGACCAGACCAAGCUGCUGGCCACCAUGGAGUCGGACAAGGUGGCUGCGUCCCGGGCCCUUACCCAGAACGUGGAAAUGAAGCAGCAGCUAGAUGAGCUGCAACAGCGGUUUGUCCAGCUGACCAACGACAAGGCUGAGCUUGUCAUAAAAUUGGACGCCGAAGAAUUUGCCAAUCGCGAAAUACGUCAGAACUUCACGAGUAUGGAGCAGAAGCUGCACGCCAAUGAGGAGCGCUUCAAGUUCAAGGACGAGGAGAUGAUCCGGCUCUCACAUGAAAACGUAGAGCUGCAGCGGCAACAAUUGAUGCUGCAGCAGCAGCUGGAUCGGCUGCAGCACUACGAGGCCAAGGCUUAUCAUAGCCAUGAGGAGAAGCCAAAAGAAGAUGUAGGAGGAGAAACCGAGAGAAUUGAUGCUGCUGAGUUGGAAAGCCACGAUCACGACCAUGGCGAUCACGCUGGCCAUUCCCAUUGCCAUUCACAAGAUCAUUCCCACAAUCAUUCACAUGACCACGGAAAUGAGGAACACCAUGGUCAUUCCCACGAUCAUUCUCACGACGGUAGCCAGGAGCAUAACCACGGUCAUGCCCACGAGAAUCCUGUCCAAAAGCAUAGACCCUCAGCUGGCACUCUGCCCACCGCCGAGGCCGUAGAGAGGUUGCAGUCCCGCUUCACAACAUUGAUCAGCCAGGUAGCCGACCUCACUGAGGAAAAGCACAGCCUGGAGCACCUGGUGCUGCAGCUGCAGAGCGAAACGGAGACCAUAGGCGAGUACAUCGCGCUCUACCAGACGCAGCGCCGCAUGCUGAAGCAGCGGGAGUACGAGAAGGCCGCCCAGAUGCGACUGCUGCAGGCGGAACGCGAGCAGCUGCGCGAAAAGAUCGAGGCACUCAACAAACUCGUUGCGAGCUUGGGUGUGGAGCUACCUCCGGAUCCAGGGCAAGCAGUGCCACAGGAUGCUGCGGUUGACAGCAAGGGACCGGCCGCUAACGAAGGCCAGGAAAACUCGCAACAGAUCAUCAAUAAGAUUCAGGACAUCAUAAGCGAGAUCAAGGAAAACACUGAGCAGCCUGCGCAUCCUCAUGCUGGCGACCACUUGAACUGCUGCCUGGGAAAGUUCGAGGUGGUCUAGUUGGAGUCGCCGCAUUCCUGUCCCCUGCUCGCCAAGUGCAAUUACCGUCUGCUUACGUAAAACCAUUCAACUUUGCUAUUGUAUUUAAAUGUGUAUUGAACUCUGGUUCAUCGGGAGUCUUUUGUAAAUUUUUUCAACGAUGUAUCCGAAUAUAUAUAGUUUGCAUCUAAGACGAGUCUAAAUUUAUCCCAAGUAAAAUUUAUUACCAAACAGA